AUGGUGAGACAAAAUGAGCCUGUGCAGGAGCAGGAGCUUAGUGAAAUACUAUGUGGAAGCGCUACUACUGGGCUUCUGGAUUCUGAAAUCCCAAGGUUGAAGCGCGCACUGCCCCUCAAUGAGCCAAACUCAAGAUACCGAGAUUUUUUUAAACAUAUCGGAUUGCAACUGCCCGACUAUAUUGGCCGUAGCGCUUUCUCUUGGAGAUCAACAAAAGAGCAUCCGAAAGUUGCUACAUACAAAAGCCGGCGCAUGGCAGCCUUAAACAGUCUGCUUCACUUUGUACCAUUGAGCGGUGCUCUCGUCCUCGUGGUUUUGUUCUGGACACAAUACUGGAUCGGCGGUAACUCUGAUAACGCAACAUCUCUACAAUUCGCUGCCAAACUACAUGAAAUGCUGAUGCAAGCAUCACUCGUUGAUAUCCUGUUAUAUGUUAUUCGCUUUCAAGCCACCAGCGGUUAUAUACCAUUGGGCGCACUCUCAGGAGCUGCGAAAGCUCCUCAAUUGUCCUACUUAUGGUCACUAGACUUCUUUUCAGCCAUUUUGAGUCCAGCUUUCAGUGCACGACGUAAAGCGGCUUUCAUCUUAUCAACGUCGGGUUUACUGUUGAUGACAGCAGUUGUUGGUCCGUCAUCAGCUGUGUUGAUGAUUCCUCGACCUGACAUGCCACAUAUUAAUCGAACCGUCAUACGCUAUUCCAACGUGACAGAAUCUUCUUUAUUCCCUGUUCAUAUUGAUAACCAUACUGCAGGUGGUGUAAUGAACAUCACAAGAUUAGACGAGAUCACACGAUUUAGUUAUGUGGAUAUCAAUACAGCUGAUAAAAUUCCGGCCGACGGGUACUCUUGGAGCAGUGACCUCGACCUUCGAUUUGGACAAUUCUUUCGAACUGCGUACCAAGUCUACUUAAAUCUUGCUUCGAACGUUGAUAUCAAAAUCGCAACAAUCCCAACAAUGUUAAGCGCAUUGCGUCUGCUCAAAAAUAGCCCUGUCUACGGAUAUAGGGAAGAUAUCGACGGUACUUACCGUUCUAGAGCAAAAUCUGUCAACACAAGAUGGACAUCUUACACAUCGCAACCAGUUGUGAUGGUCAAGUGUUCAAGUGUGCAAUCGGCAAAAGAUAUUGAGAACGUGUAUUACAUCCGAGAUGAUAAUUCACGAAGUCCAUUACAUGGUGCGGCCAACCUAUUGGGACCCUAUCUAAGCAAAUACGCGAACCGGAUCAACCUUAAUAUGUCCACAAUUCCACUGCUAUGGAUGACAUCCCCUGACAGCUCAAAAAAUCUACUCCUGGUGUAUCUUGAUCCUGAAGAGGGCAGCUGGCUUGAAAUAUGCACAAUAGCUGCGUUCUGGCAUAAAAUUACCACAACCAUGGUUCUUUUGAACUCAGACGCUAUAAUACAAACUAGGUUAUUAGAGGGCGAAGAAUACUGGAAGAAGAGCAGCAUGACAGAAAUCAUCAUCGACCCUGUGUUUGUGUCUUCGCUAGGCCCACCCUGCACAAAUACGCAUGGAAACCCUACCUUGAAUCUAGCUUUGUGUUUCGUUGCUGCUCUCUCCUGGAUUCCUAGUAUCAAACACGACGCAUACAAAGGGUACAAUCGAUUCGAGCUGAACGACUCUUCGACACUGUCCACUUUCGAACUUGUCGAAACAAUUAACGGUUAUGGUUACGGGGCAACUAACACAUCCAUCCGCCUCUCCGUCGCCGUCAUGCUCACUUACUGUAUCAUCACUAUCGUAUACGUCUCCUACAUAAUCAUUACCGGUCACACAUCUAUAGCUUGGGACAGCGCCACCGAACUCAUUAUGUUAGCUAUUCAAUCUAAGGAACCUCCCGGCCUCGGGCACAUCUCUGUAGGUCUGGACUCGAUGGAAACCUUUCGCAAAUGCGUCGGAAUUAGGGUCAGCACUCAAGGCCAUGAUAGUACAGGCGAGCCAGUUGAGAAACUAGAAUUAGUAUUUGAGGACGAUGAGGAAGCUAAGAAGAGGGGGUUAUUAAAGAUUGAACGCGGUAAAGCGUACUAAAUGUAAGUGAGUGAAAGACCUACUCUAUAUAUUGGGUUACUAGCGAAGCCAGUAAAAGUGCUUAUAAACUCGUUCGUGCACUGCUAAACCUAUAUGUGUGUCAGAAUAUGGGUAUAUAUUGGGUGGU